CGCUGCCUCCCCAGCCCCGGCGGGCGGGCUGGGCUGCGGCUGCACCCAGCGGGCCGCUGUUCCGUGCUGAGGGCAGCCACGCCGCCACCUCUGCUCACGGACACGUUGCGAAGAGCAGAAAAGGCGCUUCCCUGACAGGAACCUUAAGGGCAGGGAAAAUGUCCUGAAGAUGGAUGGGAUGAAAGCACCAUUGAACUGUUUCUGCAUGAACUUGCUAUAAUGGAUAGCAAUAACUUUCUGGGCAACUGUGGUGUGGGUGAGAGGGAAGGAAGAGUGGCGUCAGGACUCGUUGCCCGAAGGCAUUACAGGUUGAUCCAUGGAAUUGGAAGGUCAGGUGAUAUUUCUGCAGUCCAGCCUAAAGCUGCAGGGUCUAGCCUUUUGAACAAACUUACUAAUUCAGUAGUUCUGGAUAUUAUAAAGCUGGCUGGUGUCCGGACAGUGACCAAUUGUUUUGUGGUUCCUAUGGCAACUGGCAUGAGUCUAACUUUGUGUUUUUUAACAUUGCGGCACAAGAGACCAAAGGCAAAAUACAUUAUCUGGCCACGUAUAGACCAGAAAUCUUGCUUUAAAUCAAUGAUAACUGCAGGUUUUGAGCCUGUGGUGAUAGAAAAUGUGUUAGAAGGUGAUGAGCUACGGACAGACAUAGAAGCAGUGGAGGCUAAAAUCAAGGCUCUUGGUGCUGAAAAUAUUCUUUGUGUGCAUUCAACAACAUCUUGCUUUGCUCCAAGGGUACCUGAUAGGCUAGAGGAACUGGCUGUGAUCUGUGCUAAUUAUGACAUUCCCCAUGUUGUCAACAAUGCAUAUGGAGUUCAGUCCUCAAAAUGCAUGCAUCUUAUCCAGCAGGGUGCUCGAGUAGGCAGAAUAGAUGCUUUUGUUCAGAGCUUGGACAAAAACUUCAUGGUUCCAGUAGGUGGUGCUAUCAUUGCUGGCUUCAAUGAGUCCUUCAUUCAGGAGAUCAGCAAAAUGUAUCCAGGAAGAGCAUCUGCGUCUCCUUCCUUAGAUGUCCUCAUUACGCUUCUGUCUCUAGGUGCCAGUGGCUACAAACAGUUACUGAAAGAGAGGAAGGAGAUGUUUUCCUAUCUUUCAAGUGAGCUGAAGAAGCUGGCGGAUAACCACAAUGAGAGACUGUUAGACACACCACAUAAUCCCAUUUCCUUAGCCAUGUCACUGAAGAAUCUAGAUGAAAAUAACGAUGCUGCUGUUACCCAGCUUGGAUCUAUGCUCUUUACAAGACAAGUAUCUGGAGCAAGGGUUGUUCCCUGCGGGUCUGUACAAACAGUGAAUAACUACACUUUUAAAGGCUUUAUGUCACAUGCAAAUGACUAUCCCUGUGCUUACCUCAAUGCUGCCUCAGCAAUUGGAAUUAAAAAGCAAGAUGUAGAUGUAUUCCUAAAAAGACUUGAGAAGUGUUUGAAGACUUGUAAAAAAGAAGCAAAGAAAGAAAGAAGUGUGAAUGAAAUAAGUAAUUCUAAUAAGGGCACAGAACAACUUGAAGACUAGAAGAUACAGAUUUAGUAACACAGGAAGAUACGCUUUUGUUUGAAGUAUGUCAGGUUUGCAUUGGGUUAGCAUGGUGAAUCUGCAGCACAGAAAACUUAUUCCUGAUCUGAAAACAACAACAACAACAAAGUUGGGUGAAAUUCAGCUUUCAAGAAAGUAGGUGAUAUUCUUUCCGAGACAGGGGCCAGACACAAGUUUUUUGCAGCGUAUAAAUGCACGUAGUAUCUGCAGAAGUAAAGCCUUACAUUCAUAAGGACCUUGAGCUGGCCUUCAGCAAAUCACGGAAUGCUUAUUCACAUGGUUUUGAUUAACAGGAUUUUCUGUGGCAGUGAUUGAAUUCCUUCCUAAGUAUAGACCAUCCAGCAAGAAAUGUUUCACUGCUCUCAAAAUAUCUCCUUUCUCAUCAGCAUGCUUGCUACUUUUCAUUUCUUUUUGAGGAUUUAUGUAAGUGUUGGGAUAGCCCUUACUAAAUAGAAUGUUAAAACUGCUUGGGGAGAGUUGGAAUAGUAGCGUUUUUCAGGUGUUCUCACCUCUCAUGAACUGCCUAAAACAAAGCAGCCCUCAGUGGCAAAGAAAAACCUAGAAUACCUCAUAUCCCGUCAGUACUCAGCUCUUGGAGACAUUUGCAUAGUUCAGCAACCCAAAGGAAUUUUAAUGAUGAAAGCAAGGCAUUGUAGAGCGGAGAGGUAUAGUAGUGGGUUUGGACUUUUUUUUAUUUCUUUUUUCUUCCAUCUUUUCUUUGAUAGUGUGAUCAGGUCAGAGACCCACUGAAAAGGAGUGCCUUGUGGGAUUAACGCAGCGGUUUCAAAAGCCAGUGAGAGCUAAGGGUAUUUUGGCAUUUUUAGUCCAUUGUCGUUAAAAUUUAUAGACUUCCAUUUCUGAAGUGUCACUUGCCAUUGGUACUGUUGCCUCUGUGGCUGCAUGCAGUUGCUGAUUUGAAUUCAUUAAGCAAACAGUAGAUUUAGAGCUGUUCCUGAAACAAAGGUUCCAUAUCACUGGAGUGACAGUGCUGUAGGCUGCAAAACUUCUACUUAUUCCUAAAUGCAGUUACUGCAUGGUAUGUAGUUUUUAUGUCAUUUACUAUUCAAAAUGAGUUUCGUGUUCAAAGACAUUUUCUUUGUCUGUCUGUAAUGUGGCAUCCCAAGUAUUACUACAAUUAAUGAAUUCUAAAUGUCAGGAAGUACUGUAGUUGCUUUGUUUGGUGGGAUCUGAGACAGGUAUCCUUCAAAGCCCUUUGUAAAUUGUUUAAUCAAAGUAGUAGUUUUUGUAUUUAUCUACAAUAAAGUAGUGUUUUUGAAAGGAUUGUCUAUCCCACGUGUUCAAAUGAAUUGAUACAAGAGGUGAUGUUAAUAAGCAGAAGUUAAUAAUAUGCUAAUCAUCAUGAAGCUACUCUCACUUAGGGAGGUCGGUCGUGUCUUAAGCUUAAAUUGAACUGCUGCUUCUACAUCGUUAUUGCUACAGUUACAUGUUAGAUUGAUUAAAGCUUGUGAAGGUAUGGCUCCCCGGACUACCGUCAGAGUUGUUAUUUGCUGUACAAACACCUCCUAGGAGAAAUGUAAUAUAACUUGGCCACUGAGUCCUUGUGGCUAUAAGGAGGUGUAAAUGUCUUGUCUUUUCUUUCUCUCCCUGCUCCUUUCAUUUUUUUUUAAUUUUUUUUUUUUUAUUAUUACUGAGAGCAUGCUAUACCUCAGUUUAUCCAGUCUGUAAAGCUCUUCCACAAGCUCUGGAGCCAAAACUCUGCAGCUCACUGCCUCAGCAUUCAGUAUAUUGGAGCAGCCAGUGAAAACUACAAGGCCUUAGUGGUACCUUUCUUGCUGGUUUUUGGUAUUGCUGUUCUGUGCCUGAAUGAGUAUAAAUUAUUGAUGUAGGUGACUAGUCACAGAAUGCGAACAUUAGAACUAUUGUUAUGAGAGUGUAGAGAGGUGCCUGGUAGCAGCUGAAAUAAGCGUUUGAUGAAUGAUAUCCUGAAACUGAAUAAAGAAAACAGCAGUUGCCUUCUCUGGGAGGAAGAAACCUCUGCCUUUUAUGGUCUCAUAACAAAUUGUCUGCAGCAAAUAAUUCACUCACUUCUACUAUAGAUUGAACUGCUUUCUCAGGUAGUGUUUUUCCUGUCUUCAAAAUGUUUCCCGUUUGAAAUAAAAGCUGAAAAUUUCAACAAAUCACCAUAAACAAGUAUCCAGGGAAAAAAAAUAA